UGUGGCCCUCGCAUGAGAUUCCCGCUUUCCCCCUUUCCUACUCGAUGGCGAGAUAUGAUUGGGACAACAAGAUGGUAUGCGUCGAAGAAGACGAUCUUGCUGGUUUAGAAGAUGCGAGCUCUGAUGCAGAGGAUGAAAGUUAUGAAGUUGGAUUGACUGAUGAUGAAACACCUUAUAGAGGAAGAGCCUGUGGAAAUUCCGAACCAACUCCUUUGAUGGAAGGUGAAGGCAGAUCUUUCAGGGUGCUGGGUUUUAACCGAACUCAAAGGGCCAUUUUCGUUAAGACGAUGAUGAGGUAUGGGGUUGGUAACUUGGAUUGGAAGGAGUUUGUUCCUCGCUUAAAGCAGAAGACAUAUGAGGAGAUAAAAGAAUAUGGCGGGCUCUUCUUGAAGCAUAUCGUUGACGAAAUUGAUGAGAGUUCUCCAACGUUUUCAGAUGGGGUUCCUAAAGAAGGACUCAGAAUUGAAGGUGUGCUUGUAAGAAUCGCUAUUCUGGCUCUCGUACAGGAGAAGGUGGCAUUUACAGAAGAACAUCCAACAAAACCAAUUUUUUCCGCCCGCGUUCUCAACCAAUACCCGAUGUUGAGAAUACCCGGAAAAGCCUGGAGGCAAGAGCACGACAAGAUCAUGUUCCGUGCUGUUUUAAAGCAUGGUUAUGGAAGAUGGCAAGCUAUUGUCGAUGAUAAAGAGUUGGGGAUUCAACAACUUAUCUGCAAAGAACUAAACUUAUCUGCAAACAACACUUGUGGAGGCCAUGGAAGCUCGAUGAUGAUCCACAGAGACAUGCAGAUAAGACUGGUCGAGUUUGUGAAGAAACGGGUGGUUCUCCUCGAAAAGGCGUUGAAUUUGGAAUAUGCAGAAGAGUAUUAUGGAAUCGUUCCACCGUCAAUCUCAGCUGUUGUUGACAGAAACCCACCUUUGAACGAGCUGUGGAAAACUGUCGAUGAGAACAAUCGUGAAUCUGUCGAGACAUUUAUGAAUAACGAACCAGUGGGAGGCAAUGUAAGAGAGACCUUCCGAGAUCUGGAAUCUUUCGAUACGACCAUAAACAAGAUCGUAUCUGCACCAUCUGAUGCGGAAACUGCUGAUGGAAGAACAUAUGAUGUUGAGUUGAAGGAAUUGGUUGGGAAAAGCAUAUUCCUGGUCUUGUUGAUCUGAACUUGUCGGAAAAUAUUGUAGAAGAGAAUGUUGCCGGAAGAACUAGUGGAGAUGUUGAUGAGAAAAUGAAGGAAGAUGGCCAUAAAUCCAAAGAUGGAGAAAGAGUUGACAUUGUGCUUGAUUAAGAUAACAACAACAACAACAAAUGGAUAAAAGAUUAUGAAGUAUCAACAGAAUCAAAACAUUGGGUGGUGAUUAGUCUUUUAAAUUGUUUUCAUUACCGUUUUACAUUAUGCUGAAUUUGGAUUU